UCCGGUCCUAUCCUCCGUGUACCGGCAGACAGCAACGCAGAGCCGCCCGAUCCUCUUGGUCUCGAGCUCGCUUGCAUUUACAAGAUUGACACCAUGGCCAUUCUUUUUGCUGUUGUUGCCAGGGGAACCACUAUCCUUGCCAAACAUGCUUGGUGUGGAGGAAACUUCCUGGAGGUGACAGAGCAGAUUCUGGCUAAGAUACCUUCUGAAAAUAACAAAUUAACAUACUCACAUGGCAAUUAUUUGUUUCAUUACAUCUGCCAAGACAGGAUUGUAUAUCUUUGUAUCACUGAUGAUGAUUUUGAACGUUCCCGAGCCUUCAAUUUUUUGAAUGAGGUAAAGAAGAGGUUCCAGACAACUUAUGGCUCAAGGGCACAGACAGCACUUCCAUAUGCCAUGAAUAGCGAGUUCUCAAGUGUCUUGGCUGCACAACUGAAGCAUCACUCUGAGAAUAAGGGCCUAGACAAAGUGAUGGAGACUCAAGCCCAAGUGGAUGAACUGAAAGGAAUCAUGGUCAGAAACAUAGAUCUAGUAGCUCAGCGUGGAGAAAGAUUGGAAUUAUUGAUAGAUAAAACAGAAAAUCUCGUGGAUUCAUCUGUCACCUUCAAAACUACCAGCAGAAAUCUUGCACGAGCCAUGUGUAUGAAGAAUAUCAAGCUAACAGUCAUCAUUAUCAUUGUAUCAAUUGUGUUCAUCUAUAUUAUUGUGUCACCUCUCUGUGGUGGAUUUACAUGGCCAAGCUGUGUGAAGAAAUAAGAAAGAAAAAAUUAUCAUUGACCAAGGAUACAAGAGAAAAAGGAGUUAAAAAUAAUCCAUGUGACCCAAGCCUUUCAUUACUGGCAGAAAGUGUCUGCUAGUCUCUUCAGCCCUCUUUUCAUUGAUGCUUUUUUUAAUCUUAGUCUAUGUCUCCAGAUUUAUCUUUGUCCUAUCAACCAAUUUAUUCCAAUGAACUUCAGAUUAAACCAGUCAUUACAGCAGUAGCCUUAAAAAUGCUUUGGUUUGUUUCUUUGGUUUGUUAACUAGUGUUACCUACUUUGAAAAACAUUUUUGGUUUUAAUUGCACAAAGCUAUUGCCAAGGUGGAUACCACCCGUUUUAAGAGAUGUCUACUAAAACUAUAGAGGAGCUUUGUAUGUGCACGUAAAAGUAUUCAAGAGACAAAUAAUAUUGCUCACCAUUCAUCUUAAUGUAUUUUGUUAUUGAAGAGUUUUAGGUGCUUCAAAACAAUAUAAAUGAAGAAUGGUCGUUAUUUGGGGAAUUGUAAUUAAAUUGUCGGUGCUGCUUAUUUUCAGGAGCCCAGAUGGGUAAAGUAUUAUACAUAUUUAUUUCAAUCAGAUGGGGAACAUUUUGCUAGCCCACUAGAAGCACACAGAUUAUUCUUGUCCUCCUAGUAUUCACUUUCAGGAAUAAAGUUAAGGGCACUAAUCAUUUACAAUACAGUGAUUAGCUUAUUAUCUUCUGUUUUCCUGUUGUAGUUGAUUGGAGAAGAUUAUGGUUUAAAUAUUGUUAAAGCUUAUUGUUUUUAUAUAUUCCUUUUCUUUGAAUAUUAUAUAGCAAUCCUAUUGUUAAUAGAAUGGGUAAUGGAGGGGUGGGAGGCAAAUUCCUGUGACUCACCAAAGAAAAACAAGGGAAUCAUAGUAGGUAUGCUAGCAUUUUAGCUAUAGAAAGUGGGGUAGUUUGGGAAGUUUUUUCCAUUCUGAGAAAAGCCCAAACUGAAUACAGUCAGCAUUCAACUCCAGAGUUUGGAAUUGACUCUUGUUGAGUAAUAGUUUGAGCAUCCUUUAUGGUUUACUAAAUCCUUUAAUCUGCCUAAUGUUGAAGAAUUCUUUUGUGAAACCUGAAUAUAGACAGUAUGAUGUAUAGACACAACACAUAGCAGUUUAACAUCCAUUUACUGCAUUGCACAAAAAUUGGGAUGUAAUCAUACUGCUUCAGCUACUCUGACAUCUGUUAUCUCGUGGUUGGUGUGUAUCUGAAAGGAAGCCAUUUGCUAACCCAGAUCUAACUGCAUUUAUAUAUAAAUAAGUGCCAUUAAAUGAAGUUAUAUUUUACUUUUCUCCUUUCCCAAUUAAAGAACAAAUUAGUCUAUAGAAUCUAGCCACCUGUUUAGCCUAGUCAUGUGCCUUGAAUAUAUAUGAGUCCCUUAUGGUAAGUUUUAUUCCAUCUGUACCAUUCAAUUCAUGCUACCUAAUUCAUUUAUUUGACAUGUACCUUAGGUUCACUGCAUCUAUUUUCUUGUUGAUCAUGCACACCACAAAUGUUUUUCCAGUCUUUAUAAACACUAAUGCCUUUUAAUUGCAUCACCAUUUACUUUUGAAAAAUACAUUUGUUUCAGAAAAACAUUUGGCAUUCCUGAAUAAUAUCCAGAUGCUUUUGAUCCAAAGAAAAAGGCUUAAAACUUAUUUCCCUUUCUCAUACACACCUGAACAAAAUAGAUGGGCAUGUUUUAGAGAUUGAUUACUUAAAUUUGUUUUUUGGUCUAUUUAUGUAUGAGAAUGCUUUUUGAUGUACAUGUCUCAUUGUAAAUGAUACACAAACUGAAGACAUUAAUAAAAUUUAAGAAUAAUACGA